GGAAGUUUCCUUCACCGACAUACACUGCAAACAGAGCAGGGAGCGAGUAGGGAGCAGCCUUUGAAGUGUACUUCGGAAUGGAACGCAGAUUAUUGUAGAUGAAAAUGACGAAGAAAAGACGUCCCCUUCCAUGCCGCUGUUGUGACGUCAUCAAAAGGUGACCCAAGAACCUUGAGGCGCUAACAGUUAUCUUUAUUUAAAAAUAAAUAACUUGCACAGGAACAAUACAGGUGGGAUAUAAAAAGGAGAAGCCCAACAGGAUGGCCAGCGCGCUCUGUAGCAGAGCCAGGGUGGUUACAUACCUGCCAGGGCUUCACGUUCUUGUUCGGCGCAUAGCAGGAACCAGGUGUUUCUCAGGCGACUGUCAAGUUAACGUCACCUCACCAGAUGCAGGACUGAGGACGGUCUGGCCGGAUGAGAACAUGGGACCGUUCGGUCCUCAGGAUAAACGCUUCCAGCUGCCAGGUAACGUGGGAUUUGCCGGGCAGAUCGAAGGCGCAGCAGAGCAGAAGCCUGGCCCUGUGCACACGAGACUCCCGGAUGUCCUGACGGCGCCGUCUAACAGCGAGAGGCACGAGUUCGUCCUGGCACAGUUUAUCAACGAGUUCCAGGACGACGCCGAGGCUCUGUCACCACCCAAGGUCGACAGCGCGGAGCAGUAUUUUGACCACUCCAGAGUGGAGUGUGCCAUCCAGUCCUGUCCAGAGCUGCUGAAAAAAGAAUUUGCGCUGAUGUUUCCUGAAGCUCCAUCCAGCGGUAUGAUGGUGCUCACUGUAACACAGAGAACGGAGAACGACAUGACCGCCUGGUCUGACAAGGUGGACCAGGAAAGAGAGCAACUGCUGGCUACUUUCAUUGAAGGGGCAAAGGAUAUCUGCCACGCGCUGCAUGCUGAGGGUUUUUGGGCCGACUUUAUCGACCCGUCAUCUGGACUCGCGUUCUUCGGCUGCUACACCAACAACACGCUGUUCGAAACAGACGAACGCUACCGCCACCUGGGUUUCCAGAUCGAAGACCUGGGAUGCUGCAAAGUGAUCCGUCACUCUCUGUGGGGCACGCACGUGUUCGUAGGAAGCCUUUUCACCAACGCCCCGCCCAACAGCCACGUCAUGAAGAAGCUGCAAGGGAAUUAACGUGUCGAGCACUCACUAUCCCAAAAAUCCAAGAACAACUAGGGGUUUAUCAGGUUUUCAUGCUCUGUUUUCAGAGUGAACACAAUCACAUCUUAUCAGUCGCACAAAUAGAUUAGUAUUUCAUUUCCUUCUCAGAUUCAUUUUCUGUAAUCCCUAUGGGGUGCUAUUUAUUUUGGUAAAUGAAUAUGGCAAAGUGUAGGAACUUUGCUGUCUGAUUUUUGGAUUUAAGGCGGGGAAAAAAAAUCUAUGUAUCCAUAAUGCCUUUUUUUUUAUUAUUAUGUAGGAUGUUUUCCUAGUACAGCGUUACCUCGGCAUAGGAAUUUAUAUAACCAAAAUAUAUGACCCAUAUUACAAAAUUUAAACAUUAUUUAAUCAUUUUGUUUGCAUAUAAAAGCAAUCAAAGCAUUUAGAAAAUGCAUAUAUAUAUAUAUAUAUGAGAUGAAUAGACAUUAAACCUCACUAAACCUUAUUUUAUGAAUACUCUUGGCACCAGCUGCUUUAAAAACUAAACUGAAACUGCCUUGCUACCAUCCUUGCUAACAUUGUUGAGACCCACGGUGCUUCACUAAAUCUUUCACAAAAUGCAAAAAAAAAAAAUUAAUAAAAUGUUCUCGCUUCACUUGGCUUUCCACUGAUGCAAACAAGUUUCAAGCAGCCCACAGAGGUUUGCACAAAUUGCAAUUUUUUGCAAAGUUUCAGUUUUUUAGGGCGGAAUUUCUCAAGGGGAGGCGUUCAUAUGCUGAGGUACCACUUUAUUUAGUAAUAGGAAUAAGAGCAUUAUAGUUUAUUAUACAUUUAAUUAAAAUGGCCAGUAUAUAUGGGUGUAAAAGAGAUCAUACCUUGAGAAGUGAUUUUGGGUAACAAGCUAUAGACAUUUAAUAUACAAAAAUGACACACACAGAGUCAGCAAAAAAGAAUUUAUACACACUCCAGGAAAAGAAAUAUAGUAUAAUAAUAAAUUAUAGUAUAUUAUAUUCAUUUAAUAUUAUAUAUAGCAAUACGUUUAUUAUUUAAAUAUUUAUAUUAUAUUAAAAGUUUUUAAUUUCCGGAAUUGUUUAUUUUUUUA